AGUUUCACUUUCAGAAAUAGGAACUUGGCGGCGCCGGGCGCCCAGACGCACACGCGGGUCGGGACGAAGGCGGCGAGCUGCCGGCACGCGCGGGGUCCGGCGGCAUGAACCCCAGCGCGCCCUUUCCUCCGGCUUCCCGAAGGACAUAGGAAAAGGAGAGCGGCGGCGGCCGGGCACCGCGUCCCCCCCGUCCCCCCGGGGAUGGAGCAGUUUGUCCGCAAGCGUUUGACCUUCUUGACAUCCUUCUGGAACAAGCUGUGGCCCCGCUCCGGCCCGGAUAGCUGCUCGCUGGGGUACUUUGGUUCCGAUUCUGUUUCGCUGCACUCGGAGUCCAGCUCGGUUUCCUUCAUCCCAAAGUCCUCUCUCUUUAUCGCUUUAUACGCUUUCACAGCCCGCAGUGCAGACGAACUGAGCAUAAACGCAGGGGACAAACUGCGUGUCCUCAGAGAAGAAGGAGAGUAUGUCUUAGCCCGGAGGCUGCUGGGGGAACCGGCCAUGGGUUACGUCCCCGCCGCCUACGUGGCCAACCUCAGCCAGGGCUCCUCCGCUCACCGGCCCUGGUAUUUCAGCAAGAUCAGCCGCAGCGAGGCCGAGCAGCUCCUCCUCUCUCCUCCCAACCAGCACGGCUCCUUCCUCGUCCGGGACAGCGAGAGCAACAAGGGCGAGUACUCUCUCUCAGUGCGCAACCACGCCAAAGUCAGCCAUUUCCGCAUCUGCAAGAGCCCCGGGGGCAGCCUGUACAUCCAGAAGGGGCAUCCCUUCCCCGACAUGGAGGAGCUCCUCGCCUUCUACACCGAGAACUGGAAGGUCAUCCAGAGCCCCUUGCUGCAGCCCUGCAGCCCCACGACCCCCCCCGAGAGGGACGGCUGGGAGCGCCCACGCUGGGAGUUCACCCUGCGGAGGAAGCUGGGCGAGGGCUACUUCGGAGAGGUGUGGGAAGGGCUGUGGAGGAACUCCGUGCCGGUGGCCAUCAAGAUCAUCAAAGCUGACAUGAAGGCAGAGGACUUCACCAAGGAGAUCCAGAACCUGAAGCGCUUGAGGCACGAGAAGCUGAUCCAGCUGCACGCCGUCUGCUCGCUGGAUGAGCCCGUGUACAUCAUAACCGAGCUCAUGAGGAAAGGCAACCUCCACAGCUACCUCAACAGUCCUGAAGGGAAGUCCCUGGGCACCUCCCACCUGCUCAACAUCGCCUGCCAGGUGGCGGAUGGGAUGAGGUACCUGGAGGAGAAGCACAUUGUCCACCGGGACUUGGCGGCCAGAAACAUCCUGGUGGGAGAGGAACUCACCUGCAAAAUCGCCGAUUUUGGGCUGGCCCGGCUCCUCAAGGAUGACAUCUACUCCACCAGCAGCAGCACCAAAAUCCCGGUGAAGUGGACGGCCCCGGAGGCAGCCAACUACCGCACCUACUCCCUCAAGUCCGACGUCUGGUCCUACGGGAUCCUGCUCUACGAAGUCUUCACCUACGGGCAGAUCCCCUAUGAAGGAAUGACGAACCAAGAAACCGUACGGCAAAUCACCAGGGGCUACCGCCUCCCCCGGCCCAGCUCCUGCCCCCCCGAGAUCUACAGCAUCAUGCUGGAGUGCUGGAGUGGCAACACGGAGGAGCGGCCCACCUUCCUGGCGCUGCGGGAGAAGCUGGGCUUCAUCUACAGGCGCCUGCUCAACUCCCUGUCCUGAGCCCCCUUCCCACCACCCUUCCUGCAAAGCCCCCUCCACGCCAGCUCUUGCCGAGUGGCUUCUUCCUCCUCUCUUGCCCUCCACCAGGGCUCCGAGGAAGGCACAUCCCCCAAAAAACCUGCCCGUGGCCCCUCUUGGUGAGGACGCAGGGAGGUGGCCAAGGGAAAAGGCAACGAGGUGGGGAAGAUUCGUUGCCAGAGCUUGGCCGUGUCUUGAGAAGCCCCGUGGCAGUGAAGGCAUCGCCCCAGGUUCACAUCUCCGUUCAGCCAGUAGGGAGGGAGGUCCCUGACGCUCCCCACGCCCACAUGAAGGUUUGCAGUUUGUGUCCAGUUGUGGCUCCGCUUGAUUUUCUUGUAGCGUGUGUCCGGUGUAUUUAUCAAUAAAUGCGUGCGCACCCAUCCCUCCA